UGUUUUUUUGUUUCCACGGUUUUGAGAUUGAGAAAGAAAGUCUCGAUCUUUUUUUUUUAGUUUGUUUGUUUGAGCAUCUCUGAUAUUUCCCUUUUUUUGAGGGGAAAAUUUUCGGGUGGUUUCUCCAUAUUUCUGUUCCUUCCGGUUGCUGAAUUAUACGCGGGAGAGAGGGAGGGAGGGAGGGAAAGGGUCCCUCUCUCUUCUCGCAAGGGCGGAAUUGGUCUGUUUGCAUUUGAAGAAAGUAGGGGUUAGUUCGGUGAAAGGAGAAAUCAUGAAUGUGAUGCGUCGCCUCAAGAGCAUUGCUUCAGGUCGCACCUCUGUUUCUUCCGAUCCUGGUGGAGAUGCUAGCACAAAGAGAGCAAAGGUUGAUCAAGAUACUGAAUGGAAGAUACAUGGAGAAUCAAAUUUAGUUGAGAGGAAUGCCACUGGGUUAGAGCAACAAAUGGCUUCUGCAUCACUGGGGCAUGUUGCCAGUAAAUCAGGCGUUGAUCAGCUUCCUAAGGAAAUAUGUGGAAUGAGGAUUAGAGAUGGGAAAACUUCUAACCAUGGUGAUAAGGAGGUGGAAGCUACUGUUAUCAGUGGUAAUGGAACAGAGACAGGUCAGAUAAUUACAACUGCUAUUGGUGGUCGAAUUGGACAACCAAAACAGAGCAUCUCAUAUAUGGCGGAGCGUGUGGUUGGUACUGGUUCGUUUGGUGUUGUCUUUCAGGCUAAGUGCCUGGAAACAGGUGAAUCAGUAGCAAUAAAGAAGGUGUUGCAGGAUAAAAGAUACAAGAACAGAGAACUCCAGAUUAUGCGUUUACUUGACCAUCCUAAUGUCGUUCAGUUGAAACACUGUUUCUUUUCAACCAGUGAAAAAGAUGAGCUGUAUCUUAACCUUGUCCUGGAGUAUGUAUCAGAGACUGUAUAUCGAGUUUCAAAGCACCAUGGCAGAAUGAAUCAGCAUACACCCAUUGUUUAUGUGCAGCUGUAUACAUACCAGAUUUGCCGUGCUCUAAAUUACUUACAUAACGUUGUUGGGGUAUGCCACAGAGACAUCAAACCGCAGAAUUUACUGGUCAAUCCUCACACUCACCAGCUGAAGAUCUGUGACUUUGGUAGUGCAAAGAUGUUGCUGCCAGGUGAACCCAACAUAUCUUAUAUAUGCUCACGAUAUUAUAGGGCUCCAGAACUUAUAUUUGGGGCCACGGAGUACACAACUGCUAUUGAUAUGUGGUCUGCUGGUUGUGUCAUGGCUGAGCUUCUUCUUGGUCAGCCGCUCUUUCCUGGUGAAAGUGGUGUUGAUCAGCUGGUGGAAAUCAUAAAGAUUUUGGGAACACCAACUAGAGAAGAAAUCAAAUGCAUGAAUCCUAAUUACACUGAAUUUAAGUUUCCUCAGAUCAAAGCUCACCCAUGGCACAAGAUAUUUCUAAGGAAAAUGCCCCCUGAAGCUGUAGACCUCGUGUCAAGGCUGCUUCAGUAUUCGCCAAACUUACGUUGCACCGCUUUGGAGGCAUGUGCACACCCUUUCUUUGAUGAUUUGAGAAAGCCAAAUGCUUGCUUGCCUGGUGGGCGACCCCUACCUCCUUUGUUCAACUUCACAGAACAAGAGCUAUCAGGCGCAUCUGCUGAACUAUGUCAACGACUCGUCCCAGAACAUGUGAGGAGAUGAACUCAAACUCGAGCUAAUUGGAGGAGAUUGUGACAUCUUUUGGUAAUGUGAAUGGUUUUGGAUGUUUAGUUGCCUGGAUAAGCUGCCCUGCCCCACCUUACAAGUUCAGAGGAGACCUUCCUCCCUUGGGAAUGGUUUCGUGACAAUAGGGGAAAGAACCUGGUAAUCUGAUAAGGAGACUUAGGUGGAUGGAAUAUGGAUGGCUAGGCACUGAGGUUGUAACAUUUCUUUUCAUGUGCAAUAUGAUGUGUUAUGACCUCAACUAUGAGAAAAAUGAGUAGUUAUAUACGAUUAUGUUGUCAUUUUAGUUAAUGGGCAUUCAAUGUUAAAAUUGUCUGAAUGGGAUCUCAACUAGAUGAAAUAGAUUCCCUUCCAGUGU